AUGGCCAUGUGGAACGCAGCGCAGAGGAAAGGCGUGAACGAGGUGGGCGCCAGAGAUAUGACGACCAUCGACAUUAAGGUCAAGCUCCUGAAGCCUUUGGGUAUCGAGUUCGAAGAACGUGCCAAUGAUCCUGGUCGAGUUUGGGUCCUUCGCGUGUUGGAGGAAGGGUCGGCCUUCAAAAACGGUGAGGUCGAACCCGGCGACUUUCUUUCCUAUGUGAAUGGCGUGGAUGUUGAGGACAAGUCCUAUGAUGAGACCUUGCAACUCCUCGUCAAUGCUGAAGGUGAGAUUGACUUAGUGUUCAAGCGCAUCUACGUGGCCUGA